CAGCAAUAAAACAUUAAACUUUCAAAACGUUAAGGAAAUGGGGGGCCUGUAAGAGAAGCGGACGGAUUAUUCGAUAUAUGAUUGGGCAACAGAGGCACGAGGUUUGUGUAUUCCAUGCAAGUGUAACACCAAAACAUCUCCGUAGAAUAGCUUACAUUCAACGUGACUCUACCAAAUCUUGGGCACCUUUGGCAAGCUGUAUUUGGAAAACAAUGCAACAGAAAGAAGAUGAACAUCUUGCUAACAAGAGCCCUUGGUAUGCACAUAAAAUCUACUCAAAGUACUGGAGGCAUUAUAGUCAGGCAAUGCAGUGGCUGGAUAGGCAUAAACAGGCCUACAAAAAAGCUGUUGAGUCUACCUACUGCUAUCCAGGGUUUGAGUCAAGUGGGGCUGCCAGCAAUCGGGACGCAGACUGGGAUGUACAUGAAUCAUUACUCAGUAGCAGCAGUAAUUCUUCAGAGCCUAACCAGAGAAGGCAUCAUUACCAAGGAAUGCAGCAUCCAAAAACAUCUGAAAAGUCCACUGAGAAACAAGUAGAAAUGAAGGAAACAGGAGGCAGUGAAGACUCCGAAUCAGAAUAUGAAAUUGAAUGUGACAUUAGUAACAUGGAAAUAACUGAGGAGCUACGGCAGUAUUUUGCACAGACUGAAAAGCACAGAGAAGAGCUAAAAAGACAACAUCAAAUUAGUGCACAGGUUUUAGAAACCUAUGUAGCAGCUGAUCAUGAUCUGCAUCUUGUUAAAGGGCGUACAGUUGAGCCACCUGCAGAGAGGCCUGGGGAGAGAAGAGUGGCAGAAAUGAAGUUACUGUACGGUGAAGAUGCUUCUAAAAUCCAGGGAAUGGAGACAGCCAUGCAGCUCACCUUUGACAGAAACUGUGACAAAAAGCAGCCUAAAUAUUGGCCAAUCAUUCCUCUCAGACUUUGAUUACAAACUUCAGAGUCUUUUUUUUUCUCAUAAUUCAGUGUAAUUGUUUGUGACACGUACUGUUGUAUUUUGUGAAGCAAUAAAGAAUUGAUAUUUUAUA